AGGCAGAACCCAGUUGCAGCGCGUGCGUGUCGCGGACAGUUCGGCCGCGGUCGAACCGAGCAGAGCCGAAUCUACCUGUCGCCUGGAACCCAAUUCGGACGGGAAGCGCAUAGAUAGGAUGGAGCUCUCGGCGAUGGGCGACCGCGUCUUCGCCGCGGAAGCCAUAAUGAAGCGCCGCGUCCGAAAGGGGAGACUUGAGUAUCUGGUGAAAUGGAAGGGAUGGGCAAUGAAGGACAGCACCUGGGAGCCGGAAGAGAAUAUUCUGGAUGACAGGCUGAUACUAGGCUUUGAACAAAAAGAACGAGAGCGGGAACGCAGCGGGCAAAAGAAGCGGGGGCCGAAACCCAAAAACCUAGUGAUGAAGCCUCAAAAAGGAGAAACAAGCACUCAAUGCACAAAAUCCCGCCAGGCGACACAGCGCUCUGCAGCCGCCAGCCGCGCCGCUCCUUCUUCUUCUUCACCUCACCCUUUAACCCCCACGUCUCCCAAGCUCAACUCUCUGGCUGCGACCCACAAAUUGAAGAAAGACAUUCACCGCUGCCACCGCAUGUCCCGCCGCCCGCUGCCCCGCUCGGACCCCAUGGCGUCCUCUUUCUCCGGGUCCGGCGGUUUGCCGUCCCGCCCUCACGCUUCGCCUUUCUCCGAGACUGUGCGCAUCCUCAAUCGCCGCGUGAAGCCCCGCGAGGUCAAGCGCGGCCGUAUCAUCCUCAACCUGAAGGUCAUUGACAAGCCGGGUCGCGGCGGCUCGACGGGGGGCGGCUCUCGGAGUCUCCCGGGGGGGCGCCACAACAUCCCUUCCCGUAAUCGCAUCAUCGGGAAGAAGGGAGAGGCUCCUUAUAGACCUUUCCAGCCCCCGCUGAAGAUGCUCGGCUUCCCCAUGUAUGGGAAGCCUUUUGGCUUGCAGUGCGGCGGCCCUCUGACCUUUCACCCUCAACCAGUGUCCUGCAACGGCAGGAACACCUGUCCUGCCCCGUCCCAUUUGCAAGCUUCUUCACCACCUUCCGAACCAAGUGGGAACCCUAAUUCCUCCCAAUCUGUUCCGCCGUCUAGCGAGCCACCCCAAUCCAGCAAAAGUCCUACAGAAUCUCCAAAUAUCCCCCAAUCUGCUCCUUCCAACCCCACUGAGGACGCCGGAGUCGCCCCGGUCGUCUCCCUACCUCAGAGCGGCGGCCCCCUGGAAGAAGCUAGGGUGCCCGCCGAGGGCGACCCCGACUGGCACCCGCAAAUGGGACCGAGCUGCAAAGAUGUGGUGGUCACCGACGUCACCACCAACCUGGUCACCGUCACAAUCAAGGAGUUCCCAUCCCCCGCCUCGGGCCCCGCCUCUCCCGUCUCUGCAGAGGGCAGCGCUUCUCCGACACCUUGCGCCGCCCCUGAUAUCCCAAAGACCACCUCCCCCAAUGGUGAAUUCUGGUCUUUCAAUGAGGGGAAGCUCAAAGUGCGCAUGCAGAUGGUAGAGGGACUCGGCCACAACCGCUGCUUGGAUGAGGUGCGAGCCGAGGUGGAGGAAGCCCGCUUCAGUAGGGUGGUUGGCAUGUCCGAGCAGGGUGCCUGGACCAGGUGGAAGCAUAUAGCAGGCCGUGAGAAGUCUCAACCACCCAAGAAGACCCAAGGGGGCCUGCUCGCGACAGCAAGAGACUGGCAGCCACUGGUUGACCUAGGGAAACAGCUGAGAUUUCAGGACGCCGUAGCUGUUACAUCAGUUCGACCAGACAUGUUCUUGAUGUCCACGGCAAGCAAACAGGUGGUGUUGCUUGAAUUAGCUGUCCCCAGGGAAGACUGUGUAGAGGAAGCUGAGGAGAGGAAAAGGGCCAAAUAUGCAGACCUGGGUGUGGAGUGCAGGCGAAAUGGAUGGAAGGCCCUCUCCAGCCCGCUGCGACUGACGCAGAAGCGCACGGCUUGGCCCCGCCUCCUCCCGCACGGUGCCGUCCCCAUAGCAACGCGCGGAGGAGAGCAGCUUAGCAACACCACAGCGAGCAUCCAGACUGCUCGGAUGAAGUUCAUGGUGGUUCUGGUGGGCGCCGGCACGCUGGCCUUCCUCGGCGCUGUCAUCUGCAUCUUCGCCAGCGUUUACCCCCGUAAACGCGCGGCGGCUCCGGGAGACAACGGCACCCUGACGUCAGAGACGCUCCUCCAGCCUCUGGAGCGACCCGGCGCGGUGGCUCACGCCGGUCCGCUCGGCGCCCUGCACGGUUCCGACUCCUACGGCGGAGAGAACGAUCUCGGCGGCGGAUUGGGGAUCCCUUCGCUGAACGAGCUCGACCUCGGGGAGGAGACCAGCCGAGGCUCGGUGAAGGCGUUCGGUUACAGCCGACUCAUCUGCACGCCGGUCCCGCUGGGAGAAUGUAAGGGGAAAGACGCUGGGCGGCAGCCGCUGGCUGACGACCCUCUCGCCGACAAGGAGUGGAGCUUCCUCCGCACCACCGCCGAGGAGCUCCGGCAGACGGUCAUACAGCAGAACGACCAGAUCCUCAUGGACCAGAGGACCAUUCGGGAACUGACGGGAAAGCUGAGCGAGUGCGAGAGCGGCCUGGAGGAAGAGGACGGCGAGAGGCCCGGCCCCGAGCGAAGCGUCGGGGUCUGGAGCGGCAACCGGCGGAUCAUGGCUGGGGAUGACGUGAGCUCCUCGGCGGCCUCGCAGCUACAGACUGCCCGGGCUGUGGAGGAGCUGGCUCGGGCCAUCAUGGACCUGAAGGACCGGAUAGAAAAACUAGAGGCAGAAAUAGGCCCAGCAGCCUUGAACCUCACUGACACAUCUACAGCAGCAAGCAGCAGUAGCACCCCAGUGGCAGCCAAGCCCCCUACUCCACCCACAAGCAACGCCAACUCUGCACCCCCGGGUCCGGUGGCGGCGGGCCCCGGGGGCCGUCGACCGGGCUCCCCCGCUUCUAAGCCCUCGGCCAAGGGGCCCCCUGGUCGUGGGAAGGCUCCCUGGAGGGUGGAGGACCUGGAGGGCGAGCUGGAGAGGAAAAUCAAGAUGCUGGAGAAGGAACGGCAGGCCAUAAGGAAGGAGACGCAAGGCCAGUAUGAGAAGAUCAACCAGGGCUUGGACACUGCCAACCACCGUGUCAGUGAACUGGAGCACAGCCUAACUGAGCCGUCCUUCCCCGACGGCUUCGUGCUCUCCUUCCCCAUGCGCACCAACUACAUGUACGGCCUGGUCCGGAAGGAGAUAACGGAGAUGUACGCUUUCACCGCCUGCGUGUGGCUAAAGGCUAAGGAAGGCGGAAUUGGCACGCCGUUCUCUUACUCAGUACCUGGACAGCCCAACGAGUUGGUGUUGCUGCAAGGCGUCCACAACCCUGUGGAGCUACUCAUCAAUGAUAAGGUGGCACAGUUGCCGCUGUCGCUCCCUCAGGACCAAUGGCAGCACAUCUGCGUCAGCUGGACGCUGAGGGACGGUGUGUGGAAGGCCUACCAGGGUGGCAAAAUGAAGGGGCGGGGUGAAGGACUGGCUGCCUGGCACCCCAUCAAACCUGGAGGGGUGCUCAUCCUGGGCCAGGAACAGGACACUCUGGGCGGACGCUUCGACGCUUCCCAAGCGCUGGUCGGCGAACUCUCGCAAUUCAACUUGUGGGACCGAGUGCUGAAGCCCGCCGAAGUCGCCGCUCUGGCGGAAUGCAGCUCCUCGGUCCUCGGUAACAUCGCCCCCUGGACCGAUCUGGACGUGGACGUCUACGGUGGUGCCACCAAGGAGUCUUUAGAUCCGUGUCACGCCGCUGAGAGAUCCAACCCCAAACAGUGAAGGGCGGGACGGCGAGAGCACAUUUAAGGUCAAAUAAAUUACAUGGGAAUGUACAGCAUUUGUAUGGAGCUGACGGAACGGCGCUAAUCGGACGUUUAGAGCUCGCCUGUUUUUCGUGUCGGUGUGUUCGGUGUUAGUUCUAAAGUGAGAGUGCGGUUAGUCAUGGGAUUAACUUAGUGGGGGAAUCUAAACACAAGCUUGUAGAUGGAUUACCAGUGCUAGUUUGGGUCGAUUAUCUCUGCUAAGCAAAAAGAAACCCUUGAGUUUUUGAUUGAAAAAAUGUUUGUAUAAUCUCAUCGCUUGUGUUUAAUGCGAGACAUUCUCAAUGAGAAAUGACAUCACAUUCAAGUGUACAUGAUCCCGCGUACUUGUAGAUUUGAUACGGUGUAGUUCCUCCACCAUCAACGUGUAAUUAUCGUGUGUUAAUGUAGCCUCGCUAACGUUGCUCGUCAUAACCGCAGCGCUCUACAAUAAAUGAUGUCAAACUGUGAGCUCCAGAACAUUAAAUUGUACCUUGGUUAAAUCACAAAGAACGUUUCUGUACUUGCAUGUCAUUUUGAGUCAAUGGGAGUCCAUUUUGGGCCUUUCACAGGCGGCUCAUUUGGAUAAAACGGCUUUCAAAAACAUAAAAUGUCUUGAUAAAAAAAAAAAAAAAAAAGGAUUUUGUACUUUACACUCGACUCCAGUUGGGACUGUCACACCUACACAUUUAAUCCUUCAGUUGCAUGCUGCAUUUCUCUUUACUAUUACGGUCCAGUAAUCAAGUGGCUAAAACGGCUAAUGUAUAACUUGAUAGAUGGUGUUAAUUCAUUCAGAAUUUUGUCAUGUUAGCUUAAAACAGACACUCGUUUUCCAACACGAUUGCUAUUUUGUGUAGUCAAGGGUGUCUUUCUUCAGUAUGAACGUAAUUUUCGGACUAUAAGUCGCCACCCACCAAAUUUGACACAAAAACGGCAUUUGUUCAUAGAUAAGCCGCACUGGACUAUAAGCCGCAGCGGUCUUCACUGUAUUGUGGGAUAUUUACACCAAAAGAUAUUAACCAGUAACACUUUAUUGUGACAGCGGCAUCAUAAGACCAAAUGAACCCAGUGGCGCCACCAGGGGGUGGCCAUGGGGGGCCACGGCCACCCCUAUAAAGUGGUUGGCCACCCCACUGGCCACCCCGCUUGCCAGUAUAUCGUUAGAUUGUUGUAGCAUCAGUUAUGCAUUUCAUCCCAAAUGAAUGCAUUUAUUUUGUUUUGUUAAAUGUAGGGCUGUCAAAUUUAUCACGUUAACGGGCGCUAAUUAAUUUUUAAUAAAUUAAUCACGUGAAAAUAUUUAUUGCAAUUAACGCAUUCGCGGUACGACUCAUUCACGCAUUGCCGCAAACAGCCUACAAUGGCGCCAUUUUACAGAGAUAAGAGGCAGAGUACAGUAGACACAAGCAUUCAUUGGGGCCGUGCUUUUAAUUGGCAAAAGCUUUGUCAUCUCUCACAUAGCAGCUAUAAAUACUGUGGGAAGCGACGUGGGGAAGAAUGAUAGGAGUUGAUCUUUUUCUUUUAUAGUGUACCCAACGCAGAGAAGAUAUAGCAUUUGCAGCCACCACACACAGUCAUGGUUUCACCACUUCCCAUCAUGCAUUUGGGCAGAACAGUUAAGUCGCUACAGUAUCAUUUACUGAAAGCUCAACAAAUACACUAGAUGGCAAUAUUUAGUCACAAUAUACAAACUCACAUUUAUCCUUUAAAAAUUACAAGUCUUUCUAUCCGUGGAUCCCUUUCACAGAAAGAAAGUUAAUAUAGUUAAUGCCAUCUUGUGGAAUUUAUAUAUCAGUCUUGUCUUAUCUUUCCAUUCCAACAAUAAUUUACAGAAAAAUAUGGCAUAUUUUAGAGAUUUGAAUUGCGAUUAAUUACGAUUAAUUAAUUUUUAAGCUGUGAUUAACUCAAUUAAAAAUUUUAAUUGUUUGACAGUCCUAGUUAAAUAAAUAAAUACAUUUACAGUUAAGCGUCAAAAGGACAAAGCCAGGCGAUCCGUACGUGACCCCUGGCGGACUUCCUUUUGACGCUUUACUGGAGUGUUGUUGGCUUCCCACUCGUUUGUCACGGUAAUCGAUUUUCAUUUCUAAGGGACAACUAGUUGUGCUGUAACAUAACGCGAGGAUUCUGAGCUUCUAAUAUAUAUACAUACAUAUAUAUAUAUAUAUAUAUAUAUAUAUACAUUUUUAUUUUUUUUUUAAUUCAAAUAAUAUGGGACCUUAAUGGAAAAAAAGAGAAAAAUCCAACCUUCAAUACAAGUGCAUUCAUUCAGUGGGGAAAAAAAUAAAAUAUCCCACAUAAAGAAAAAAAUUAUUUGACAUCAAAUAAUGUGUGUCACAAUUAUUAGCACCCCUCAUGUUAAUACUUUGUACAAACCCCUUUUCCCAACAAAAUAAGGUCUGGGGACUGAGAUGGCCAUGGGAGGAGCUUGAUUUUUUGUCUGGUGAACCAUUUCUGUGUAGAUUUGGCCAUAUGUUUAGGGUCAUUGUUUUGCUGAAAGACCCAGUGACGACCCAUCUUCAGCUUUCGGGCAGAGGGCAACAGAUUUUGAUUUCAAAUGUCCUGGUAUUUCAAAGCAUUCAUGAUGCCAUGCACCCUAACAAGGUUCCCAGGGCCUUUGGAAGCGAAACAGCCCCACAGCAUCACUGACCCACCCCCAUACUUCACAGUGGGUAUGAGGUGCUUUUCAGCAUGCGCAUCUUUCGUGGCACGCCAGACCCACUUAGAGUGUUUGUUGCCAAAAAGCUCAAUCUUGGUAUCAUCUGACCAAAGCACACAAUCCCAGUUGAAGCUCCAAUACCGCUUGGCGAACUCCAGACGUUUGCGUUUAUGAUUGUGAGUGAGGAAAGGUUUUCUCCGUGCAUGCCUCCCAAACAGGUUGUUGGCGUGUAGACAACACCUCAUACCCAUUGUGAAGUAUGGGGGUGGGUCAGUGAUGCUGUGAGGCUGUUUCGCUUCCAAAGGCCCUGGGAACCUUGUUAGGGUGCAUGGCAUCAUGAAAAUUGAAAAUGAAAUUAAAAAUUCAGACCUCUACCUAUUUUUUAGUGGGUGAACUUUCAAAAUCACAAGGGGUGCAAAUACUUCUGCUCCUCACAGUAAAUAGAAAAAUCCAAAAUCAAAUGUUACUAUCAUGAAGUUUUUCGUGCGAUUGACGAUCUGUCAUUCGCUGCUUCAGUUGUAUUGGAUGUUUAGCACCAUCAAUGGCAGCCGAUGAGUUGAAAAAUAAAAAUUGGUUUUCCUCUGGCUAAGAUGCACCUUCUCGAAAUUGGAUUAAUCUUUGGUACGGCUUCAUACUUUGUCAUUUAAAUACAACAACACCAAAAAAAUAUAACAAUUGUUACCCAAUAUGUAACAUUUUUUCCCAUGCUAGCUAGCUAACUAGCUAAUGUGCCAUUUCCUUUCAGUGUGGCGUUCACGCCUCCUAUUUCUUCAGUCUCAAAAGUGCCUGUUUGCUUUAAGUCAUUCCGUGCCAGUGUUUGUCCUCCUUUGCAUCCUACGCCCCUUGAUAUUGUGAAAUCCUUGGAUGAAAGUUAAUAAACUGCAUACUGAUGGCAUCGCUGAGGUUCGUCGUGUGUCGGUGUGUCACCGCGGCGCGUUCGCUGAUGCAUAGACGGCGGACAGGCACGAUUCACUCAUCCGCCCACGUGUGACAUUUCUUGCUGUGGCAUGAUCUGAUGUUGUUACACUCUCCUUGGCCUCAUUAAGAUUUAGUUCAUGCAACCACAAAGUAAGUCUAGCAAUGAUCUGACAGCUAAAAUCCACUUUUUUUUUUACAUUGUACUCCUAGUUUUGCUGUUAGCUAAUGAGCCUUACAACAAACACAUCUCAGAGAUAAUUAUCAGCAUAUAGAUUCACAAGGGAGCAAAGGUUGGUAUACUAGCCAAAAAUGUUACUCAAGUAAGAGUAGCAUUAUUUCAAAAUAUUACUCAAAUAAAAGUUGUAAUCCCAAAAAUGUACUCAAGUCGGCGUAAAGAAUACUCAAGUUGUGAGUAACUGCUUACAAUGUCUGAUUUCUUUUUAACAACAAUGGUGUUUUUUAUCCUCAGCGCAACGUCAUCUACUUUAUAUGAACCGUUAUUAUUAAAAUGUACUAUAACUAGAGAUGUCCCGAUCGAUCAGGAUGCCGAUCGAUCGGGUCCGAUCACGUCAUUUUCAAAGUAUCGAAAUCGGCAAAAAAAUAUCAGACAUGCCCUUUUUUAAUAUGUAUAUAUUUUUUAAUUAAAUCAUUUUCUAAUUGUAUUUAACGUUACAGACAUAAUGUGUUACACUCUUCCAGAGUCUUUACUUUAAGCUUAAGGUAGGGUUAUCAGACUUGUCGCGUUAACGGCGAGAAUUAAUAUUUUUUACAUUUAUCACGUUACGAUAUUUAACGCAAUUAACGUAUGCGCUGCACGACCCACUCACGCAUUGUCGCGUUCAAUCUAUAAUGGCGCUGUUUUACCCAUACGGUAUAUAGAGCUAAAAGGCAGCGUAAAUUGAGUAUAGUGAAUUUUGGCAGCCUUUGGAGCUUUUUUUUUUAAAUGGCUAAAGCCUUACAAUCCCUCUCCCAACGAUUAGAAUAAUCGUGGGAAGCAAUGUGGGAAAGCAAGGGAGUAGUUGAUCUUUUUCUUAACACCCUAUGUUUCUUCACAACACAGAGAAGAUAUAGCAAUUGGUACCACGGCGCACAGUCAUGGUUGCACUUCCCAUCAUGCAUUUGGGCAGAAGUUAAAUGGCUACAGUAUCAUUUACUGAAAGCUCAACAAAUACACUAGAUGGCAAUAUUUAGUCACAAUACAC